AAAGCUACAGACUGAUGAUGUGCUCAUGUGUGUGAUUGCGCUCACGUUUACGGGUGUCGUGAUCACAGCAAAUAACGUUGCUCGUUGGUCUUUGUGAUGGAGCAGUUCUCUAUGGUUACCAUAUGGCUGGUCAAGGGCUGUCUUCUCAUCGUCUACAGCCGUCUAACUCUCAUGAUGAAAGAGCACAUCAUCGUGAAUAUAGUUGCGGUUUAUGUAGUAGUUUCGUUCAUCGUGAUGGAGGUCCUCUUCUGUGCAGUCUGGUGCAGGCCGAUCAGCAACUACUGGGACCUUGCAGGGGCUAAUGACUACCAGUGCGGGACCUACUUCAAUCAUCUCAUUACAUCGACCGUUCUUAAUAUCUCUUCGGAUCUGAUGAUGUUAUGCAUUCCACUGCCGCUGUCUAUUCGAUCACACUUGCCUUUGAAGCAGAAGGUUGCCGUGUGUGGUGUCUUCAGUCUCGGGGGGAUUGUUGUCUGUUGAGCCCUCAUUCCUCAUCCCUCUCCAGCUGGGAUGUAUAACUGACCGGUCCUUAGAUCCUCAUGGCAGCUCUUAACAAAUACUACAAUUUCAAGCAACUCCAAAAUGCCCGCUAUCUGGUUAGUCUGCUGCCAAGAACUUAUUCAAAAUGUUUGCUAAGCAAGGGAAUAGAAAUGGUAUGUUGCAGAGGUUGCCACAGCAGUCUAUGUCUCCAAUGUGCCACUUCUCUGGCCUCUUCUUCGGCAGGCCUUCCGCUGUCUGCGCACUACUGGACAUUCCAACUACACGUCACGAGGUCCGAAGCCAAGUGGGCUGCAGCGAGGACUAGGACCGAUGUCGUCGCGUUCUCGACAUUAUACUGGCUCCGCACAUUCUAUCAUCCGCCAUUCGCAGGAGGGCUCGAGCACCACCGAAGCUCAUGAGCUAGUGUUGACCCCAGCAGAAGAGCGAGGAUACAGAGCCGAUAUCAUGGGCGACUUCGAC